GGUUUGCAAGAUGGAUUUGCGAAUGGAAAUCAGUUAGCGUCUUUGGUAGAUUAACUUAUAGCACCUACAUCGUCCAUAGUGCUGUAAUAAGAAUAAGAGGUGGACUAGUGAGGGAACCUGUUUACGUUAACGAUUACACUAUAUUAAUGACCACCCUUGGUGAUAUCGUCCUGUCCUACCUUGCCGGGACUAUGAUGUGUCUGAUGUUUGAGAUGCCCAUAUCAGCCCUGCAGAAGCUCAUGGUCCCACAAAUGAAGACAAAGAAUACAGGCCUAAAAGGGUCGUCAGAGAAAUCUUUAAAGACGUUGGACGACGGUUUACGAGACGUUUAUGUGAAUAAUCAUGAAGAAUGUUCGAAAGUGUGAAUAAAAUUGCAAGUAUUGUU